AUGGUUGCAUUUGAAUCGGGUUGUCUAUCAUCUUCAAAAUAUUUAAUUUUUAUUGGUGGUCUUACUGAUGGAUUAAAUUCAUUAUCUUAUCUAGAAACGUUAUCUGAAAUGUUAGAGUCUUUCGGUUACUGUUUAAUUCAAAUACUAUUACGUUCAUGUUAUUUACAAUAUGGUUUUCAUAGUUUACAAACAGAUUUGGAAGAUUUAGAUUCUCUAAUAGAAAAACUUGUUCAAGAACGUGGACAACCGACAUCGUUGAUUCUAAUGGGACAUUCAACUGGCUGUCAAGAUAUCAUUUAUUUUCUUAAACAUUCAUCAAAUAAACAACAUGUCACACAUGCAAUUUUACAGGGUCCAGUUAGUGACCGUGAAUUUGGUGCUACUGAAUCAAAAACAGAAGAUAUUCUCAAAUAUUGUCGUUCAUCAUCAUCAUUAUCACCAAAUGAUUGGAUUCCUCAUCAUUUAAGCGAUGUUCCAAUAACAAUUUCACGAUUUUUAUCAUUAAAUGAAAAAAAUUCUAUUGAAGAUGUUUUUUCUACAGAUUUAACGAAUGAUGAAUUAUCAAACAUUUAUUCUUCUAUCAGAACACCUUUAACAUGGAUAUUUUCCAUAAAAGAUCAAUAUGUACCAGAUUCAUCUGUAAUUUCUGCAUUUGCAAAACGUUUAGUCAAUGAAUUACGACAUGAUACCGUUCUUUUCUUGUCAAAUGCUGAUCAUGGUAUAACAUCGAAAGAUGACCAACAACUGCUCAUUGAACAUAUCAAAAAAAUUUUAAAAUAA